CAUAAGAGUUCCUCAAAAACUCAAUCAACUUCAUUCUCCUCUCCAAAUCUCUCUCUCUCUCUCUCUCUCUCUCUCUCUCUCUCUCUCUCUCAUGGGGACUAUGAGAGGAGGGUGGACGGUGCUGUGGGUGGUGGCGUGCAUGCUGGUGCAUGGAGGGGCCUCCAUGUCGCGGGCAGGCGCCCCCGUCCAUGGACAGGAACAUUCGAGGCAUGUGCAGGAGCAAUGUGGGUUCACCAGAUACCCGGCCCUGUGUGUCCGGACGUUGGCCAGGUCGGGUUCGGUGGACCUCCUCUCUGCUCUCGUCAACAAGACCAUCCUCGAGACCAAGCUUCCUUCUUCCUACUUCGCCCAGAUCGCCUCCCUCUUCCAGACCCAAGAAGCUCAACAUGCAAAAGCUGUCACAGACCUCUGUGAAGACACCAUGGCCCUCUCUCUCAAGAGGCUCGAGAAGUCGCUUGAAGCCCUCAAGGAGCCAGCGAAGAACAAGGGGGACGUCCAGACAUGGCUCAGUGCAGCGAUGACUCUUCAAGAAUCGUGCAAAGACUCGGCCCGGGGCCUCCGUCCUCACGAUCUCUCGAGCGACCUCGCGACUAGUUUGUCACGGAAGAUGGACUAUCUCGCUCAGCUCACCAGCAACGCUCUAGCCCUCGUCAAUCAGAUCAAUCGCAGACAAAAACCAGCGAAGACCGACGGGAACAGGAACCCUGGCGAAAUGCGGGGCUUUCCGAGCUGGAUGUCAAAGAGAGAUAGGAGGUUGCUGGAGGGCGCAGCGGCAGUGGAGGCGAACGCUGUGGUCGCGAAGGAUGGCACGGGCAAUUACAGGACCGUCUCGGAGGCGAUCCAGGCCGCUUCGGGUGGCCGGUUCGUGAUCUACGUGAAGGCGGGUGUUUACAAGGAAAAAAUCCACGCCAACAAGGACGGAAUCACAUUGAUCGGGGACGGGAAGUAUUCUACGAUCAUCACCGGUGACGAUAGUGCCGCUGGGGGUGCUUCUUUGACCGGCUCUUCUACGUUCACAAUCACCGGCGAUGGAUUCAUAGCCCGAGACAUCGGGUUCCAAAACACGGCGGGACCCCAGGGUGAUCAGGCCGUCGCCCUAACCGUGGCCUCCGAUCGCUCGGCAUUCUAUAGGUGCAGCAUCGCGGGCUACCAGGACACGCUGUAUGCGCACGUGCUCCGCCAGUUCUACCGCGAGUGCGACAUCUACGGCACUGUGGAUUUCAUCUUCGGGAACGCAGCCGCCGUCUUCCAGAACUGUGAGCUGGUGGUGCGGAAGCCAGGGAACAAGGCCUUUACAGUGAUCCUUGCCAACGGCCGCUCGGACCCAGGCCAGAACACCGGGUUCUCGGUCCAGGGCUGCCGCAUCACCUCCGGCGCCGGCUCGGGCAGUACCUACCUGGGGAGGCCAUGGAAGUACUAUUCUAGGGCAGUGGUCAUGCAAUCCACCAUCGAUGGUGGAGUUGCUCCUCAGGGCUGGGUUCAGUGGCCGGGCUACGGAAGUUCAGUGCUCAGGACACUCUAUUUUGCCGAGUAUGCAAACCAGGGACCUGGUGCUGGGAUCUCAGAGAGGGUCAACUGGCCUGGUUUCCAUGUGAUUGGGGCUCAAGAAGCUAUGAAAUUCACCGUUCAGAGCUUGAUUUCUGGGAAUUCAUGGCUGCCUUCAACCGGUGUCGCCUUCACCUCUGGCCUCUAGUGAAGAAAAGCUUCAUGUGAUUAUGUUACAAAAAUUAUGUUUCGGGGCAACCCGAUAUUGUAAAGAUGUGUGACACGAGUAAUCAGUGUUAAAUAGCCCUCCCAACACAGUGCAACAACGGCACUUGUUAAGCUUAGUUGGUUGAGAACAGAAAAUGGUAUGCUCGAAGAUGGUGUAAUUGAGCAAAGUGU